CCUUGCUUUGACUUUACCGAUUGUGGGUAACACCCCGGCCAUGCCGUAUCGACUGCCUAAAUAAGAAACAGUUGCACUUGAACCAAACGUCCAUUGACUAACACGCUCUUUACUAGCCCGCCGCUCAUUUUCUCUCUCCAGGCAGUUAUGACUGCCCUUGUAAUGCCCAAUGUUUUUGUUAUACCACCGGAAGAAGACAAUGAUCCCCCGUUCUGCUGCUUUGACGCUACAUAUCCGCGAGAGCGCUAUAUUCCUACCGAAGAAGACCUUGAGGCCACAGGAUCAGCUCUAGAAAUCAUAUCACGACAGCUUUCCAAUAAAUCACCUAUAUUUCAUCGUGGUGGUCACACCAAUGGCGUUGUCAUGCCUCGGAGGAGCGACGGUCGGUCGAUAGAGGAAGUACGAGGUGAACAGGAUUAUCAGGACCCGGAUAUCACUAUUCGAGAUGGAAACUCUCCAGGAAACGACUCGGAAAUUAUUGAAGUCAUUAAAGUCAGACGACAUACCCAGGAUGAACGCGAGAAUCAGUUACCUUCCGUUUCUGAAACCGCCGCUAAAUCUUCCAAGUCCCUCAAGUCUCGGGCGUCUAGAGCAUUCAACUCUCUUAAAAAUGUCGGUCGCUCUGUAUCCCGCAGUAGAAUAAUUCCAGAAGUUGUCACUUCCGAUGCAGAAACUUCACGAGCGCCUAGUCCUACUCCGUCCCGACGAGGUUCCAUGAUUUUCUCAUUAUUUAGUCAUUCGCCUUCCCUCGAAUCCCGCUCUUCCUUCGACUCAUUCAAUGAGAGUCCCCCAUCAUCGGUUACUGAGGCUUCAACUCCGGAAGCCUUUGACGUCGAGCUGCAUUCACCGUCUUCAGCUGAAAUGCAGGGCUUUGUCCCAUAUCCAGACACAGACGACGAUGGUGAGGGAGAGGAUGACAUGGAGACCACUCCGCGCGCGCCUCGUCGUCAUUGUCCUUCUCCUGCCCUCCACCCGUCUGUCGUCCCCUCAUCUGUUCCCAGACUUAACCGCCGCCGUUUCUCUGUACUUAGUCUAUUUACCGCUUCGAAGGACUCGGAGCGCUCUGAUGCAGGUUCAUCCACUCCCACCUCUCCUUCUAUUCCAACCCUUGAUAGCUUGUCUCGGGAUUCACUUGGUCCUUCUCGAACGGACUCCACCGAAUCUUCCUCUUCAUCAGGUCCCACGACUCCUGUUGAUGAAGCUUUCCCUGACCCUCUUCCAAAUCGCCCGUCUAUCUCCAUGCUGAAGAGACUGCCGUCUUUCAGUAGAAGUCCUAGAAAGAAGGAGACAACCCCACUUGUGAUUGAGCCUAUCGCCCCAAAUUCACCGGUAGCCUUAGGUGAAAUUGGAGAACCAGACCUAAGUUUCGGCGAGAUACGCUUGGAUUCCCUACAUUUUGAUGAAUUAUCUUUUGAUGCCGGUCGAUUCUAGUCUCUUCUUUUUUCCCCUAAUUUCUGAUGUUUUAUGACCCUUUUCUACACCCUUUCAACUUUCAUCAUGUCCUACAAUUGCCCUACGUAUACACCCAUAUUCACACCUUGGCCGCAUCAAGUACCACUUUACGGGAUUUGCAUUGAAGUUCAGGAUUUAGCAUAUAACUGCUGCACAUCAUCUCCAUACAUUUCCGAAGUACAUACCCUCCGUGCAUUUGAAAAGAAUCAAGGCAUCGAGUCUGCAAGGUAUUCACACACAUAAAUUACUACAAAAUAUGAAGUGAUAUCUUGUCUUCAUGUCAGUACUUUUCAGUGAGAACUAUAAGUG